AUGUCACGUUUGGCAGUUUCUAGGAUAGCACAAGUCGGUCGAGGUAUGGGACAACCUACUUCGUUUGGUAAAAGGAUGGACAGGCUGAGCUCCAGAAUUUUUUCAGAAGUUGUCUUACCCACAGACACUAAAAGCCAAAAGGUUGUUCGCGUAAUGGCAAUGGAACCAUAUGAACAGAGAGAACAAUUGUCACCAGAGUACUAUCCCAACUUACCAAUGUUCCAUUAUUUGACAAAAAUGUUACGAUACCAUGGUUUAUUCUUUGAUGAUCACAUUGUCUUCCGCCAAGUACAAGAUGAAUUGAAAAUGAUGAGAGGUAAAGUAGUUAGGCCGGCAAUCGGCCAAGGAAAACGAGCACAGUUACGAGGAGGAAAGAAAUGA